UCACCCGACGAUCACCCGACGAUCACCCGACGAUCACCAGCCAGUAGCCGGUAUCCGCCAACCGGUAUACGCCAACCGGUAUACGCCAGCCGGUAUCGAGCAGUCGCACAAUCAUUCAACAUUCGCCAUUCCCUUUGACCAUGAACCCAACCCUCCAGUCCCAGUCCCAGUCCCAGUCCCAGUCCCAACAGCCCAGCGGCCAGAUACCGAUGACAGUCCAUCCGUCCAUCGCAUCUGCAGCCGCAGCCGCAUCCACGCCAUCGGCGAGUCUGGGGCAGCUGGCCUCUCCCACCGCUCGAUCGCAAGCUGCACAGAUCACUUCUUCCUCAAUAUCCACCUCACAGUUCUCGAUGUCCUCGCAGCCCCUUGCCGGCGCUGCAUCGCAAGCCGCCUCUCGAUCAGGGCGGAUCCCAAAUCCUGCUGCCUUCCGCUCAACAGUGGCACAACCAGCAUCGACCAUGCUCUCCAUCAGCCCAUCGACCCUCGCGAUUAACCCAGCGGCCGCGACAGUCAAUCCGGCCGCGAUGCAGUCGGCAAUGGGGGCCUUUCCCGUUGUGGGAGUGCCUCCGGGCCGCCCGCCUAUCCUCUCGACUCCCAUCAAGAAUGUUCUCAAGCCCGAUAUCCAGAUCAAUGCCAACAGGGUGCCCUAUACCAGCACGCCCGUGUCUUCGACGAAGCGGACCUAUACCAAGAGAAUCAAGACAGCGCCAGUCGUCAGGCCCCACGAGAUCGCCAUUCCUCCGCCUGACCGGGCACCAGAGGAUAUCGCCCACAACGAAGAGAUCAAGCGGAGGUUCUCGGAGACUCUCAAGCGCGACCAAGAGGUCGUUCAAGUGCCUCAUCCGAGCCGGCCGUUUGCUUCCCUCCAUGAUGCCGUCGAGACUCUUUUCAGCUACCAUAUUCUGCAGGGCUCACGCGAAGCCCAAAAGUUCUCUGAGCACGAGCAGGCCACCCACAAGCGGAAGGCAGAAGCACUGCUUCACGAAAGCCAGCAGCUUGUCCGCCGAUUCCGUCGGAUCCAGGAGAAGGACGAAAAGGCCGCUGUUCCAAGAUACAUCCAAAAGUUUGGCGAACACCUCGUCGACAACAACUUUCCGAGCGGGGAUAUCAGCGGCCUGUAGCAUGCAUGAGCAGAGAGACGCUGGGCCCGUAUCCAUCCCUGCCUUUGCAGCCCAUAAAAACAACAAGCGCAACGUCGUCUUGGGCCGUGUGCACGAAUCCCGUGUGCACGAAUCCCGUUUGCAUGAAUACCGUUUGCUAAUCUCCGCGAGUGACUGUCGAUUGAUGGGCCAUAACCAUGAUUGCCCAUCGAUAC